GGGUGGGGCCGAGCUGUCGCCACCGCCCGGCCCGGUCCGGCCCCGCCAUGCUGGACUUCGCGAUCUUUGCCGUCACCUUCCUGCUCAUCCUCGUGGGCGCCGUGCUCUAUCUCUACCCGGCAUCCAGACAGGCGUCAGGUAUCCCUGGGCUGGCUCCAACUGAUGACAAGGAUGGCAACCUGCCAGACAUUAUUGCCAGCAGAAGUUUGCAUGAGUUCUUGGUGAACCUUCAUGAGAAAUAUGGCCCGCUGGUCUCCUUCUGGUUUGGAAGGCGCCUUGUCGUCAGCCUUGGCUCCAUUGAUCUCCUGAAACAACACGUGAACCCCAACCGUUCAUCGGAUCCCUUUGAGAUGAUGUUGAAAUCCUUCUUGAGGUACCAGUCCAGCCUGAAUGGGGAUACAGGGGAAAGCCACCUGAGAAGAAAGCUGUAUGAAAGUGCUGUGACAAAGUCCCUGCAAAGUAACUUGGCUCUCAUCCAGAAGUUGUCAGAAGAAUUGCUAGCCAAAUGGCUCUCCCUCCCUGAGGCUCAACAUGUACCACUCUGCCAGCAUAUGCUGGGCUUUGCCAUGAAGUCUGUUACCCAGACAGCUAUGGGCAGCAGCUUUGAAGAUGACCAGGAAGUCAUUCGAUUCCGCAGGCACCAUGAUGUAAUCUGGUCAGAGAUUGGGAAAGGUUUCUUGGAUGGGUCCCUUGACAAAAGCACAACUAGGAAGAAGCUGUAUGAAGAUGCUCUGAAAGAAAUGGAAUCUACCUUACGGAAAGUCAUAAAGGAACGCCGAGGCAGAUCAUUCAACAGGCAUGUCUUUAUAGAUACCUUGCUACAGGGGAACCUUAGUGACCAGCAGAUUUUGGAAGAUACGAUGAUUUUCUCCUUGGCGGGAUGCAUUAUUACUGCUAACCUGUGUACUUGGGCAGUCUAUUUCCUGACAACAUCAGAAGAUGUACAGCAGAAUCUCUACAAGGAGGUGGACCAUGUUCUUGGGAAGGGACCAAUUACACACGAAAAAAUUGAGCAACUCAGAUAUUGUCGGCAAGUCCUAUGCGAGACAGUGCGGACAGCAAAGCUUACUCCCAUUGCUGCACAGCUGCAGGAACUGGAAGGCAGAGUCGACCAACAUACUGUCCCCAAAGAGACACUUGUACUUUAUGCUCUUGGUGUGAUGUUGCAGGACAGUUCAUCUUGGCCAUCACCAUACAAAUUUGACCCAGAGAGAUUCAAUGAGGAUUCAGCCAUGACAAACCUCUCCUUGUUGGGUUUUUCAGGAAGCCAGGAGUGCCCGGAGUUGAGGUUUGCCUAUAUGGUGGCUACAGUUCUGUUGAGUGUCCUGGUAAGAAAACUGUACCUUCACCCAGUUAAAGGACAAGUCAUGGAGACCAAAUAUGAGCUGGUAACCUCACCAAAGGAGGAAGCCUGGAUAACGGUGUCUAAGAGAAGCUAAGAACAAGCAAAACAAGGGUCUGGAAGUGCCAGCAGUGAAGUUCUGGGCAAGUGUCUUAAAGGCAGUCAUGCUGGCAGCACAGUGACUCAGCCAAGGAAUUUUAAAUGCAGAUUUUGUUACCUUCCACAUUAUUAACUGCAUAGCCUUCUAGGGUAAUUUUUUCUAAUUCAACCAAUAGUUGUAUUAAAGUAGAUGUAAUCUGUAUGCUUUUUUACACUUUUUGCCCAAAGGAUUGCAAAGGAAGCAACAAAACCAAGCAGUGGUGUAUCUAUGAACUGUUCUGUGCCAGCUAGUCGAAGACUGGGCCUCUGGUUAGUCCUGCCCCUUCCUAACAGCAGGAGGAUCUGGUGGGUAAGAGACUGUGCUGCAGGGCAUGCUUCUUCAUGGAUAGCAAGUAGAUAAGACCUUGAAGGCACAAGGACAAAAUCUUUCUCUCUAUAUAGGUAUUUUUAUUCAAAGUGUCUUUCCUUCCCUUGAGCUAUAGCUAUAACUGUCAAGAAGAGCAGAUACAUCUUGUGGGAAGUAUGCGUGAGUGUGUGUGAGAGAAAAAGAAAGUGGGGUGAGAAUUGCACCAUCGGGUCUCAUGCUACAUAUGUAAUCUUCCUGUGCUGUAGGAUUGCAAGAGGAUGGAUGGCUGAAAAAUGCUAGUAAACGAGGAGGAAUAAAAUUGGUUUGGCCCCUGAGAAAGCAGAAGCAUUAGUAAUAACAUAAUGAAAUGAAAUAAAACCACAGAACAAAGCCCUGGGAAAGGGAUUCUCCAUCCUGACAGUUCAGAGAGCAGCGUCUAAUCUAAUCAGCAUCAGAAAUUGAUGACAGGUGCUUGCAAUUCAUUCGUCACUCGGCCAGCAAUGAGAUUGGUCAUGCAAGUACUGGAAAGGAAGAGUGCUGAUUUUAUAGGGCUCUGAAUUAAUGUUGUGGUUAAUAAGUUAAAAGCCUUUCAAAGAACCUUCCUCCUCCUCCAGAACAAGUGCCAGCCAAAGCAGCAUCACAUGCCACUCAUUCACGUGCUUUUCUGUGCUUCUUUCUUUCUCUCCUGACUGUGACAGAUUUUUGAGCACCUUGCUGAAUAGCUUUCAAGGCAGGGGCCUCUUACCCCUUUAUCUUAGUACUAGUAUUGCCAUCUGACCUAUUCAGGUUAUGUUUCUUCUAUUUCCCAUUUUAUAUAGGAUCACCCUUUAUCUAAUCUUGAUCUUUUCUCUGUAAAUGUAACUUCUUUGUUAGCACCCUCCCCACCCAAACGCUGUGUUGUGUAGGUGAAUUGUUACUCAGCCUGCAGCUGUGUAUGCCUGAGCUGUUUUGCACAGCUACUGAUGCACCCCACAGGGAGGUUCAGGGAUGUGUAGCUUCCAUUAGAGCUACUUUCUACUGCCUAAGCAAACAGGAGAUGCUUCACAUAGGGACAUGGAUGUUUUAUUUAUCUGGGUAGUUGCAAUCCCCAGUGCAAUUCCCAAGUGCAAACAUUGUUCCUUUCUCUGUCUCUUCCGGGUCAGGAAAUCAGCUGCUCUUACAAAAAUGUUUUGGCUGUUGGAUUCCUGCCAAGUGCUGUUCUGAAUGCAGUUCUGUCUGCUCUUGAAGGGUUAACAUUUGGUGCCAGCCUCUGUGGGCACCAGACAAAGAAAAUUCUGCUUUUGGGUUUAGUAUGUCAGCUCUGCUUUUGGUGAAGCCAUGGAGAUUCAGAUUCUCCCCCCACAGUGCAGCGUGUGUUGGGGGAACAGUAGGACAUAGAUGCUGUUGUGCUGUUUUUUGUCUGCUGGGCAGAAAAAGGAAGGUUGUGCAGUUCAUCUUGCUGCCUGUCUUGCAUUGAUUUUUAUAAUGAACUGCAAAAAAGCUCUUGCUAAUCUGACCUACAUUUAACUGAAGGUUGGUCAUUUCCCCAGAUGGCAAUUCGUGUUAGCCUUUGCUUCGCUGCUUAUGCAAAAAUGCCUACUUUUCUUGAAGAUUGCAGAUGUUUUUUAGGCCUUGUGGAGAAAUCUGCGUGAUAAAGGAUUUUACUUUAAAGCAUCCCUAGUGUACAGAGGAAGCAAAAUGGAAAGGAAAAUAAUGGUAGAAUAGCACUGCCCUGCUAAGAACCAGACUAGAAAUUGCUGACUUGGUCACAUAACAGAUCUUGGUCACUCAAUUUUCAUAGAGCCAUCUGGUAGGAAUGAAGCUUUCAGACACCAGAAAAGCUUCCCAGGGGUGAUUGUUCGUACUUCUUUUAACAGUAUUUCUCUGCCUUUCUGGAGCUAUAUGGGCCAAGUGCCUUGCAGCAGUUGCAGGAAUAAAAGGGAAUAAUUCUGUAUAAUUUGCUAAGAAUUUUCAGUCUGUACAGGUAUUGCAUCCUAAAAGACAGUACUCAGUCUGGGCCAUGUUUCCAAACAUGCUACAGGAGUCUGUGGCUGACAGGAGGGAAGAACGUGGCCCAAAGUGGUGGACAAGGCCAAUGAUCAGUUUGUGUUUGCUCAAAACUGCUGCAGUCAAGAAAAGGCCCUGACUCAUCAUUUCAGGUUACGUUUUGAGCUUUGGAAGGAAGGAGAGAAGUGAGCAUCUAUCAGACGUUCCUUAUUCAUUGCUCAGAGUGACACCAAGGACAUGGCCAUAUUGUUUGCUGCAGUCUGUAAGUUUCCAUUCCACAAUUUGUGACAAUCAUUUCCGACAGCCUAACUAUCAAGGUAAAAUGCACUGGUGAUCAGCCAAACUGUAGCUCCUCCUAUUGUGCAACAAAGACCCUUCUUCCUAUGGGAACGUUCAUGGAUCAGUUCUUUCUCAUAGGGUUUUAGUAUGUUCCAGCUGGAAGCUUGAAAUACUGGUUUUGUUCCAUUUCUCCCCUCACCCCUUGUCUCAUGUCAAGUGGUACUUUUUUGGCCUCUUUUUCUAAGGAAGAUGUAGUCAGGUUUGCCUCUCACCCUACUUACGUCUGACCAUUUUCUCCUUUUCUCCUUUUCCUACAAGAAGUAACUUCUAAGCCUUUGGAUCAAAUUAGCUGCAUUUGUCAGGAAUCGGGGUUUGAAAUCUCAACAGAAAUUUAUCAUAUGCAUACAUAUAUAAUACAGGGGACUUUUGCUUUUAAUGCUUCAUAUCUCUACAUCAGAAAGCUACUUCACAACUUCCUCUGGGUGGUUUUGAAGAGCAUACAGCGAAGCUGUUAUUUCAUUCCUUGGACUAUUACUGCAGAACAAGCUUUAACAGAAGGCUGCAAAUUAAUGGAAGGCAAGAGGCUAAAUAUAUCUCGGUGCCUGUGCAACCUGCUGCUAUCAGAAGUAGGCAGCCAGCACGGGUGCUGGGAGCAGUCAGGCCGUUGCAAAUUGACUCUCGUGGUUAACAAAGGUUUGUUAGCCUCAUCUUGGUGGCAACUGGUUAAACAGUUAACGUAACUUUGUGGAGUAGACAGCUUGUUGAGCUAGCUUCCUACUGCCUCCAAAAUAACCCUGAGUGGCGUUACAUCUAGGUUUUAAUUAACCUGGGCUGCAUGUAGAGCUGUUAUUGCAAAGUAGUAAUAUGUGUCUCCUUUUCCCAGCAGUUUAAGGACUUGCUGAUAAUGGCAGUGGCAUGCAGUGUAGGGCUGAGGGCUGUACUUUUUAUUUUGUGCCCUGUGGAAAGGGUGGUCUUUGCAACUUCUGUCCUGUUUGCUGCAAAUGUAAGUGUUGUUUGUUGGACAGAGUGGACAUUUGGUGAUUUAAAGUACCUCCUUGGGGCUGCUCUUUUGCCAGCUCCCCCAUUAGCCAAUUACAUGAACUAGGGGAUGCUGGCAAUGCAAAGGUGGGGAAACUGCGUAUUUAUCUCACUGCAUAGUUCAUUCAUCAGCAUUUUGGUACUACUUGGUCCACAGUUACUUAGUAUUGCCAUCCUGCUAUCUCAAGUGCUGUACACAUUCUCACUGAAAAAAGGUCGUCUUACAUCUCACUGGGGCCAUGGCUGACCUUCCCAAAGUUUGUACUCUUGCUACAGGAAGGGCUUCCUGGCAGGCAUCCUUGGAUAUGGAUGUGUCUUGGUCAGCAGAGUGAAGUCUGCAGAUUACUGGCUUACUUUAUGUGCUUGGAUCCUUUUGUAAGGCACAUGUAAGUGGGUAGAGCAGUACUUUCAUAAAAGUACUGGGAGCAUACAGGACUUCACCCAUUUCCGUAUCAAGAGUGAGAGGAAAGGAGAAAAAAGAUCUGUAAAGAGAACAGAGAUGUUCAUCACCAGUGGGUCAUGCCACCAACAAGUGGAACUGCUGUAGUUACCAUGGCAGCUCGUUGCUACUUUCCUCUUGUCCAAAACAGAAAUUGCUGGAAAAUAUUACCGCCACCUUUUUCUGUAGCAUGAGAAUGUGCACCCACUUUGGCAUCUCUCUCUAGAUUAGCUCAGGACUGUUUCUUAGCAGGCAGCCUUCAACUGAACAAAAGGCCUGUUUGACAUCUCUUAAGAUUUGAUGCCAGUUUUUUGGUGAUAGCAGACGGAGAAGAGGAACUACCACACACAGGGGAAAAAAAAAAGAUGAAAAUGUUUCUCACAUAUGGAGGGUGGGGAAGGAGAGAAGAUAAGGGUUUCCAUGGCAACAUUCCUUGAAGAUAAGUAUUUUUAAAUCUGUGUGAAUUUUAGCAUUCAAAACACAGUUGAGUUUCCCACAAAAAGAUUUAGAGGAGGGUGGAGCGUAAAGAAUCUUUUCCCAUAUUUUUCAGGUCAUUCCUUCUUUUGCUGAGGAGCCUGAUCCCAAGAUAAAUGAAGUAUAUGCAAUUGCUCUGAUGUUAAUGCUCCUGUUAAAGGAAAGUCUUUCCAAGGGGCGAGAAGUAUUGGUCAAAGUUCUGUAUUUGCACUGGCAACUCUGGCCAAAGCAUUUGAUCGUCUCUUUAAUAGGAAAAGUAAUUUAAUUAGAUCAGUGCUAGGCCAGUAAGAAGCCACAAGGACAAAUUCCGGGUUAAAUGCUAUGUAAUUCAGAGCAUGAUCUACACAGAUGACUCUCAGCUCAGUGAUAGUGAUGAUAGAGUGAUAGAGGUCUUGGCCAAAGACGAAGGGAUGUAGCAGAACUGAAUGCAGAGGAGCCAGACGCAGUGUGUCCCUGGUGAGUGCCUUGUCUGCAGCAAUGACAGUGAAACAUCACUGCAGGUAAGCAGCGGAUGUUCCUGUGACGCUAUUAGGCAAGACAUGUUUGUGCUGUUUAUUGAGUAUCAGUGCUGGGGUUGCUCCUUGAAGCUUUUUUCUUCCAUCUCCGCGUUAUUGAGCUCCUUGUGGGCACUGGCAUGCUGUGCUCCCACCUCUCUGCUAACACCCAGGCAGGUCAGCUCUGUCACAAGCCUGGCAGUGAGACAGACAGCCAGUGCUAUGCCUGCUUGGCUGCCAACUUUCUCAUCUCACCAAAAAAGGCUUUUUUUUUUUUUUUUUUUUUUUUUUUUUUGACAGUCACUUCCAACUCAGUAAUGACUCAGACACUGCAGCAAGGGUAAAAUGAUCAUCUUCCCUUUCAGACUUUUACGGCAAAAGGCCCUGGGUGGCCUCUCUGAAAAGCCAGAGCUUGCUGGGCAAAGCUGUUGGCUGGAUUCAGUUCUUUAAUUUAACGGAUCGAACUGAUGCUCCUACAGUGCUGUAUAUCUGCUGGCUCAGAGUCUGUGCUUCAGCAGUAGACGAAAUGAUUCCUACGAACUAUUUGUGUUCAGCAGUCUUGGGGAGAGGUGGCUGGGUGGCAAAGAAUAGCUGCACAUAAAGAGAGGGUGCUGUUAGCUCUCAGGCUCUGUCCCAAUAUGCCUGGCCAUGAAUCGAGGAAACAACACUAAAGAGGAAAGCAGUAAACCAUGUUUGGGCACUUAUUUUUUGAGGUAGCGAGGGGAAGCAAAUAAGAAUGUCUGAAAAAGCAAAGUUCAUUUUGUCAGACUAUGGAAAUCAGCACCUCAGUAUUGUUUUGUUUUGUCUGAGACCUUGAUACAGAAUGAACUCAGAUCUAGGUAAGGCAAGUUAUCAACAUCCUUACAUCUUCAUUGAUAAAGCCUAAUGGGCAGCGUGGAAAAAUCUGAAUUUUGUCACUCUUGGAUUCUCUAUUGGAGUUCAGUGUUAUCAAGUCAAUUAUUUUCAAUUUUGGAACAAACAUUCAUGCCCUGAUGUCAGCACUAGCAUGACGAUGCAUUUGUAGUUUCUUGGACUGAAAAGCAGCUGACUUGCUGAUGCAGGAAUUACUAGCUGCAAGUUAUUGAUUAAAUAUAUCAUGUUUAUUCCUUUGCUUUAGUUAAGGCUGCUGUACCUUUUGUGCUAUACUGGUGCUCUUGUUCCACGCAUUUGCCUUACAGCUGAACCCUGGAAGAUGCAGAAACUCUGGAAUAUCUAAAUAACAGAAGUGCAGGAAUUUCAGUCCCUGCUCGGCAAUCUUCAGCAUCCAAUGUGUCACAAGCUGACUCUUAUUCAUUCUCAGUUGCUUGUAAGUUAGCCUAUUACAAAAAUGGGUUUCAGGACACCAUGGGCAGUAGAUGGCUGUAAAUGGAUUGCUGCUGUGCCAGGGAGCAGUUCUCUUGUUGCACCACUUAUGAACGUCCACACGUAGCUCUAAGCCCCACAAAUAGAGUUUCCAGGCAAAAAGCCCUUCCUUUAGUCAGGCUGCCUGCUUGUGCUUGGGGAGAAAGAUUGUUUGUUGCCCGCUGUGUGGCACAUUAGCUUCUGACCACGUCCUGGCUCUGAUGCGGUUGUCCUGCUUUUGCAAGCUCUUCCAGGAGCCUGAGUGGAGGAAAAGUGCCUUGAGAGAAGAACGAAGUGUGUGAGUUAAUGGGAGCUGACAGGGAUGCCUGCAAGAAUACACCGUCGCGUAUUAUGAAAAAGCAGCUGAACCAAUGGUUACAGCUGCCCCACGUUUACUGGUGAGCCGGGUAUUUGCUAACAGAAAGUAUUUGGAACACUCAGCAUUUCCACUGUGCAGAAUUGAUAUUAAAUUUGUAGGAGUGUGCACCUUGA